AUGGGGAAGGGAGGUGAAGAUUAUGGGAAGAAAGAGAACGCGAGUUCUGAUGAUUCAGAGAGUGACAUCUUCAAAGCUUGGGCGAAGGAUGUGCGUGAAUGCGAGGAACAGUUUAAGGUGAGUGUGAAAUCGAGGUUGAGUGACGAGGAGGUUGAGAAUCGGCGUAAGAUCUAUGGUUUGAACGAAUUGGAGAAGCACGAUGGCCAAUCCAUUUGGAAAUUGGUUUUGGAACAGUUUAACGAUACUUUGGUUCGGAUUCUUCUGGCUGCUGCUAUAAUUUCGUUUGUUUUGGCUUGGUAUGAUGGUGAGGAAGGUGGUGAGAUGGAGAUUACGGGUUUCGUGGAGCCUUUGGUGAUAUUUCUGAUAUUGAUUGUGAACGCGAUUGUUGGGGUUUGGCAGGAGAGUAACGCGGAGAAGGCGUUAGAGGCUUUGAAGGAGAUUCAAUCGGAGCAUGCUUCGGUGAUUCGGAAUAAUGAAAGUGUUCCUAGCUUGCCGGCGGAGGAGCUUGUGCCUGGGGAUAUUGUGGAGCUUAAGGUUGGGGAUAAGGUGCCUGCAGAUAUGAGGGUUGUGGAAUUGGUAAGUUCCACUUUGAGAUUGGAGCAGGGUUCCUUGACUGGUGAGAGUGAAGCGGUGAAUAAGACUAACAAGCCUGUUGGUGAGGAUACUGAUAUUCAAGGCAAGAAGUGUAUUGUUUUCGCUGGGACACCGGUGGUUAAUGGUCAUCGCUUUUGCUUGGUUACUCAUACUGGCAUGAGCACUGAGAUUGGGAAGGUGCAUAACCAGAUACAGGAGGCAUCGCAGAGUGACGAAGAUACUCCUUUGAAGAAGAAGCUCAAUGAAUUCGGAGAGAGGCUGACAAUGAUGAUUGGACUCAUUUGUAUUUUGGUUUGGCUCAUCAAUGUCAAGUAUUUUCUUACAUGGGAGUAUGUUAAUGGAUGGCCAACAAACUUCAAGUUUUCAUUUAAGAAGUGUACGUAUUACUUUGAGAUUGCUGUGGCGUUGGCUGUGGCUGCUAUUCCCGAGGGAUUGCCUGCUGUCAUCACAACUUGCCUUGCACUGGGUACUCGCAAGAUGGCCCAGAAGAAUGCCCUGGUUCGGAAACUACCUAGUGUCGAAACUCUGGGUUGUACAACUGUGAUUUGCUCUGAUAAAACUGGUACAUUGACUACGAACCAGAUGGCUGUUUCAAAACUAGUAGCUAUUGGCCCUAAUAUAGAUACCCUGCGAGCCUUUAAGGUGGAAGGAACUACGUAUAAUCCAUCUAAUGGUUAA